UCUGCAUGAAAAAAUUUAAAGGAAUGUGAUUGAGCUUAAAAAGAUUAAAUACAUUAAAGUUAAGAAACUUCUGUGGUCGAUUUAACAAAAAGUUAAGUUUCACUUUCCUAUUUACUGAUUUGGAUGGGAAAUGAAUCCCCUUUUCCCAGUUUCAUCAAAAAACACACUUUUUCCAUUAAAUACAGAUGAGAAUGAUACAACAACUACUAAGAAUUUGGAUGUGAACUUGGACUGGUUGCAGAACAAGAGUUUUCCAAGCAGACAGUUUGAUGUCACGAUAUUACAAGGACCAAAGGAAAAGGAGAGUGUGUCAAACCAAGACAUCCUUGAAUCCUCUGAGGAGACACCAGAUGAGUCAAACACUAAAGUGUCAAAAAAGAGAAAGAAGAAAAAACAUAAACAUAAAAACAAAAAGAAAAAAUAUCACAAAGGGGACAUUUCAAGAUCACCUAGUCCUCGUGCAGAAGUCAAGACAAAGGUUCCAGAGAUUCAGGGAAACAAAGUAUUUAUUGAAGAGCUGCCUUAUCUUGAACCAGAGGAUGCCUUCAGGAUUGAUCGUAAAUCUAAUGUCCAUAACUGGAAGUAUGAAUCUCUGUACAAAGGACAUAUUGCUGCUUUUCCCCAGCGUUUCCAAGCAAGUCUAGGAGGAGACUCCCAGUCUAGAGAUACACAAAACAAAAAUAAGCACAAAACAAUGAGGUAUUACAGCAGAGAAAAUCGGAAACUCUUGGCACAAGCUCCACUGUGUCAUCUUGUACCGUCCAGAAAUACUGGGAGUUUCCAAUCUGAUGUCAUACCCAUCCCUCUGGAGGAUGUAUCAGAGAGAGCUGAGGAGAAUCGGAGUGAGGAUAUAAGAGAGAGACUGAUGGACACAGCCACCUCACAUUACAUACAGGGGGUGGGGGUAGAAGCAGUGGACAGUAAUGUCAGUGUAACAGAGGUAGAGGAGAGACUGAACAAGAGGACAGCUGAGUUUAAUCGUAGAACACGGGAGGAACCUCACAACACAGACUUAUGGCUGGAAUUUGUGGAGUACCAGGACUCCUUACUAAGGCUGCCAGAAUUGGAGGGCUCUUUCAAAAUGUCUAAGUCUGCUGUCCUGGAAAAGAAGAUUGCCAUCUUGAAAAAAGCCAUGGAAUUGAAUCAGAGUAACAUUGUUUUGAAACUAAAGUAUUUACAGUUGUGCCAGGAAAUUUUGGAACCCAAUGAAAUAAACAAAGAAAUGGAGGACCUGCUGUUUCACAACCCAACAAAUAUUUCCUUGUGGAAGCAGUACCUUAUGUUCAACCAAAGCAGGCUGUCUAAUUUUUCUGUGUCUAGAAUGUGCAAGCUAUAUCAGAAGUGCAUCACAACACUUGUUAAAUACCAGGAGGGAAAAUUAAAGACCCAUACUUUACCUGUAAACCUGUCAGAAGAGAUACUUGGUAUCUUUGUUCAGUUAUGUACAUUUUUGAAGCAAGCAGGACACAAGGAGAAAGCUGUAGCCUCAUUUCAAGCUCUGAUCGAACUUAAUUUAUGCUGCCCAGAGCGCCUAAGAUCAGCUGACCUGAGUGAGAAAGCCAUUAUUUUGGAGAGCUUCUGGGACAUUGGGGUGCCCCGAUUUGGGGAGGAGGGGGCCAAAGGUUGGAAUUACUGGAUGGUUAACAAAGACUUACUGCCAACUGAAAGUGAAAGUAAUGAGAAAGAUCCUUCAUUAGCUGAUGAAGAGGAGGCUAUUUUACAGAGCAAAAAAGAAAAAUGGGAGACCUGGUUACACUUAGAAACCCUCAGAGAAUCAGCUCAUUGGUUGCCAUGGAAACCAGACCUUUCUGCAGGGGAGACUAUGGAUGAUUGUGAGGAUAUAGACAGACUUGUCCUCUUUGAGGAUAUUUCACCAUUUGUCUUCUGUUUGCCAGAAAAUCUGAAGUUUAAUAUUCUGAUUCAAUUUCUUAUUUUCCUUGGAUUUGAAAAUAGUCAAUUCAUAGAAAAUGUCCAGGAUGCUGAGAGACUAUCUGUAAUAUUUAACAUAUUUGGAAUGAAAGACUUCCAAAACUCCAGAACACUAACAGAGCAGAGAUUUUUACAUAAAUUUAUUGGCAAUAUUAUACAACAAGGACUGUUUAGAUGUAAUGGAGUACCUCAUAGAGAACUUACACUUCUCUGGUUAAGAUAUCACACACAAAAUGAAAAUUGGGAAAAGGUUGAUUGUAAGAAAUUUAAGAAAAUGGCAAGAAAUGUGUUAAAGGAUCCCUUAAACAGAAAUAGUAAAGCAGUCUGGAUGGAGUAUAGCCUUUCACUCUCUAGUCUUGGAGGUAAAAAAGAUGCCGAGGAGGUGCUGGAGAUGGCUAUUCCAAUGUUGUGUGUGAAUACAGAUGAUGACAAGGAAUACAUUCCAGCAUUCUACAGAAGUCUUGUUGAACUUUUCCUAAAUUUUCCAACAGAUACUGAUUUGUUUCAGUUUAGCAAGAAUACAAUCAGGAUGGUUCCAGAGUCAGUAAACAGAAGUGUUCACACAUUGAUUUGUUUAUGUGAAAAUCGACAUAGUGAUUUAAAAAAUGUUGACAGCACUUGUGCAGUAAAGAAACUAAAAAGCAGAAGAAAAAUGGAGGAGUUAUUAGAAAUGCUCUUACAGGACUACAAGAUGGACCCCAAACGAAGCAAAGAGGAAUGGUUUUAUCUUCUGGAAUUCACUCAUUGUUGUGCAUUGUUUGAAUAUGUUGUCUCUGAUCUUAACCUGGACAGUGCAUUGUGUGUUUUAAACAAAGUGCUAUCUCUAGUGUUCAGCUUAUCGAAUUCUCAAACAGAGAAUGACAGCAGUGUGAAUAAGAACUUUGAAUUGUGUUUUGAGCAGAUUUUUAGAUGCAAGGUCAAGGUUAUUCAUCAUCACAUUUCUGUCCACCAUUCCUCAUUAAGUCCACUUCGAGCUACAGUGGAGGCUGCACUUGAGAUCUUCCCGGACCAUGUGUACUUUCUGAAUGUGUUUACAGAGUUGGAGAAGGGAUGUAUGGUAUUUGGGAGGCUAGAUAGAUUCUAUGGACAUCACCUUGGGAGAGUUAAGUCCCCUGACUUGACAGUGUUUGCUGUGGCCUCUUUGAUACAGAGGAAAGUUCUCAGGAAAGACCAUGUCAAUGAAGAUUCUGGUACAUCUAUUUCACAUGCUGGCAGUGGUGUGAUGAACAAGAUAAGGAGUUAUUUGGAGAGAUCCCUAGAUCUUCCAGAAUUACAGCAUUGUUCAGUUCUAUGGAGUCUCUAUUUAUAUUGUGAGGCAAGAUUUGGUGAGGGUGACAGGGCCAGUGGAAUAUAUUAUAGAUCUCUACAGCAAUGUCCUUGGGUCAAGGGUCUAUAUUUGGAUGGUGUAAGAAUUUUCCAAAACUCUAAACUAGAGGAAAUUACAGAUUUGAUGCUGGAGAAAGAAAUUCGUCUACAGAUCCCACUUGAAGAAAUUGAUAUUUUACAGAGCUGAAUCUUUAUAUUACUAACAUAUGAAUUGAAACAAACGGUUGUUAUUCUAAACCAGUAAAAACAACUACAAUGCUCACAAACAGCAACAUUUUUUUAAUAAAGUUUAUUCCAAUUAUAACUAUUCCCACUUUAAGAAAUUCAAGAGGAGGUAAAUUUUUAUGUGGGAAUACUAGAUGGAAUACUUGUGCUUAUAAUGAAAAGAAAAAUAAAUAUAGGAUCACCCAUGA